UGUCUCCGCGCGCCUGGGUACCACUCGGAAGACGGCAGCCGCAGCUAUUGGAUCUGUAGUUGCGCUUUCCCUGAAGAUGGUGUAAAACGCGCAUAGCACCCCUCCAGAGCUACAUUGGAGUGCAAUCAUGUUGACGAGGCUGUUCAGCGACCCCUCCCUGCUCCCCGAGGGUCAGAAGUAUUCGGGCUGGGCGGAGGACAGCGAGAGCGAGGACUCCAAGGCGAAGGAGGAUGACCCGGACCAGGGCUGCGGCCUGCAGGACGAGGAGAUGGAGGAGGACGAGCUCCUCGAUGACGACAGCCGGGCCGCCGAGGAUGAGGAAGACGAUGAGGGGGAGGAAGACGAGGGGGCUGACGAGACUGAGGGAGACAGGCCCAAAAAACGGGGUCCGAAGAAGCGGAAAAUGACCCCAGCCCGGGUGGAGCGCUCCAAGUUGCGCAGACAGAAGGCAAAUUCCCGGGAACGCACCCGCAUGCACGACCUCAACUCCGCCCUGGACAACCUGCGCAAGGUGGUACCCUGUUACUCCAAAACGCAAAAACUCUCCAAAAUCGAGACACUCCGACUGGCCAAGAACUACAUCUGGGCCCUGUCCGAGAUCCUGCGCUCGGGGAAGAGACCGGACCUGGUGGCCUACGUGCAGACUUUAUGCAAGGGCCUCUCGCAGCCCACAACCAACCUAGUGGCCGGAUGCCUUCAGCUGAACUCCAGGAACUUCUUGACGGAGCAGUGUCAGGAAGGCGGGCGCUUCCCCGGCCCUAACCCGUCCUUCUCCAUGCACCCAUACCCCUACCAGUGCUCCCGGCUGUCCAGCCCGCAGUGCCAGUCCAGCUCCAUGCCCAAUUCCCACACGUUAAGGACACACGCCUAUUGCUCCACCUACGAGUCUCUCUAUGCCGGCAACGCGUCCCCAGAGUACAACAGCUCCGAGUACGAGGGUCCCCUGAGCCCACCUGUGUGUGUUAAUGGAAACUUCUCCCUCAAGCAGCAGGACUCUUCUUCCCCGGACCACGAUAAGAACUACCACUACUCUAUGCACUACCCGGCCCUGCCCAGCUCCCGCCCCCCGGGACACAACCUGGUGUUCGGCUCCAAUGGAAUGCGAGGCGGGGUCCAUUCUGAAAACGUGCUGCCUUAUCACGACAUGCACGUGCAUCACGACAGGCCGCCCAUGUACGAAGAACUCAACGCGUUUUUCCACAAUUAGCUAACCCUUUCACACCGACUGACACCAGCAAUUAAUCCGAUUCACAGUAUACUGUAACUGGACUCUAUUAAAAUGAUAUAAUUAUAUACAGCCCCCCCCCCCCCCCUCCAGACGCGCGCGACACGCACACACACACACACACACGCACACACACACACACACACACACACACACACACACACACACACACACUGUUGUUUUUAUAGUGAAACCCCACGUCGUGGUGUAUAACGUUGAAAGGGUUCAGCUGGUAUAUACAAACACAGCUACUAAAAUGAAACAAAUAAAUAUAAAAUGUAUUUGACAAGAUAGCAAAAUAGACAUUUAUAUACGUGUCUACUUUUAACAUAUAUUAACAGAGACACUGUUAAAAUCUAUACCCAUAAACAUCAUCAUCAUCAUCAUCAUCAUUAUUAUUAUUAUUAUUAUUAUUAUUAUUAUUAUUAUUAGUAGUUUAGUAGUCGUAUUAUUAUUAUUAUUAUUAUUAUUAUUAUUAUUAUUAUUAUUAUUAUUAUUAUUAUUAUUAUUCGUUCAGUAUUUUAAAUGUAUCAUCAGUACAGUUUUAGUGUGAAUCUGUCUGCAGUCUCGUAUUCACAGCAUUAAUUCAAUAAAGGAAUAGAACAAAUCUAUGCAAGUAGAAAUUUAACGGUAACACUUUUGUAUAUAAUCGCCCAGUUUAGGACCAACCAUUAUUCUUUAUGGCAAAAUGUGCACUUUUUCAAACCGGGAUGCUAAAGAUUCCCUUAAAAAUUACAAACACAAAUAUGCAAACCAAUUGGUGUGAGCAACUGUAUUAAUUACCCUUAAUUAUGUGGACUAAGGAAACCCCAAACAUAGAAACACGUUUAUAUUAGAGCAUCACAAUGAAUAUCGAUAAUAAUUACAUAUUACCGCACUAAGAUGUUUACCAAACAUUUUCAUUUAUCAUGUAAAUGUUCGAUUUUCUCUGCAAAUUAAUGCAAGUAAUUUAAUUCCAUUCAUAUAAAUAUAUAGGUUAUUUAUAUAAUCUAUGAUCAUGUUAACACGUUUCUUUCUUUAAUUUUUUUUUAAAAAUCAAAACCACACGCCUUUAAAUAUAAUGACCAGCACUAAGAGGGAGAUUUGCUUUGCGAAGAUUUGCAAAAAUGAAGCUUGUAGAAAAAGAUCUACCGGCACCUGAAGUGCUUUUGUCUAAUGAUGCAUAAACCAUCUAUGCGUAUUGAUCUAUAUAUCUAUGCGUGCGUGCGUUUGUGUGCAUGCGUGCGUGCGUGUGUGUCUGUGUGUGUGCGUGCGUGCGUGUGCGUGCGUGCGUGUGUGUUUGUGCAAAGUGAAUAAGGUAUCAUUUCGUCUGCUUCUUACGUUCGCUUUGCCGGCCUCACAAGAGAACUGUCUGGAACUCGGGCAGCGGUAUCACACGCAUGUCGACACGUUGAAAAGUGGCACUUGACAGCCUACCCCAAACAGCAUUCGUUUUUUAUAUAAUGUUCAUCAUUUCAAAGAAGCCUUAUUGUGAUAAACAUUAUCGACAAAAAAAGGUCCAUUUCAUUUUGAGCAUUUUGAUCAACUGUUACGCAUGCGCGCGCACGAUUCUAUUCCCAAUUCCAAACAGACUCCGAGGUAAACCAAUAUAUGUUGUCUUAUCAUAAAAGGUGCCUGUUUUUUUUUUCUUUGUAUCAAAAAAACGACCGAAAAUAAACGAGUUUUGAUUACAUUAAAACAACACACUUCUUAAUUUUCUUGGAGAUACUUCUGCAUGAAAAAUUAAACAAACUCGUUUAGAGAUAGUUGGCUGUAGAUGAUAUAAAACGAAAUUAAACCGUUUUUUUUUUUUCAAACUAAAAAGAACCUUUCUUCCUGCGAUUCUUCUGCCGCCCAGGUGUAAAUAUGCGACCGCUUCUCGUGGAUAGUUUUUAUACACUGAAACAGUAAGACGCGUUUAAAAGAAAGCUCGAGCAUUGACUUUUGAAAUGUUUUCAUCUCACAGGUGGUGUUAAACCCGUUUUAUUUUCAUGCUGAAUAACCCAGUUGGGCAUUUUUUUUCAAGUACAACCAAAACUAAUUUACACUAUAAAUACUUAUUUAAAAACGAUUUUUUUUUUUAAAUUUGAAAUCUCUAGCCUAUAUUAAAAAAUAAUAAUAAUACAAAACAAAAAGUUAACGGUAUAAAAUUCAAACAAAAGGUCCGACUUUCUUUGAAAACGCUUUCUCUGUGAAGUAUUAAAAAUGUUACCCACGUCAUCCUUUCCGCACCAUGAUGUAUAGGCUGCUUAAAAGCCACAUAAUGGCAAAUGUCUCAUUAAAACGUCUUCGAACUGGAUGGAUGUAUUUUUGUUGUAUUUUAUUUUUGGUGUGUUUGAUUAGGUUGUCUUCUUCCAGUAAAUCUGCUGUAACGGGUUUGUGGAUGCUGGGUUUGGUGAGCGCUAGUGAGCCGAGGUCCAAAAGCUCUGUGACUGGGGAGCAGAGCGGAAUGAGGGACAGUGUCCUGCCUGAGUGUGUUGGACUAACUCGUUUCAGGAUUGGGACUGGGUUUCACUGCUGCACAAUGGGAGCUGUCUGGCGGAGUGGUGCUGAAUCGCUUACUGUCUGGAAAGGGUUAGACUCCCACACGGUUUGCUGUGAAUUAUAGCCGCUGAAAAAGCGACAAGAAAAAGUGACAAGAAAAAAAGGACUUGAAUUAAUGGUGAUACAAAACUCACCCACAGCUACAGUCUCACUAAGGGAUCGCUGGUGCGUUCGAGUCAGAACCUUCUGGAAUUCCACGCUCCGCCACACCCCGGGCACGGGACGCGUGGAUUCGGGUCACGGCAUAACUUAUUUCAAUCCACAUGAAGUCAAAACAUCCAGUGUGGUGUGAGUAAUGAUGAACAAGCACUAUUCCAUCCAUAUAGUAGCCUAUGUAAAAUCUAAUAAUGUUGUAUACUGUUAUGUGAAUGUACAGUUUCUGCUUGAGCAUUGUGGACAGGUUCCGCCUGGCCUUUUGAUUGGUAAAAUGUAAUAAUAGCCUAUAUGUAAUAAUUGAACAGAAUUGAAGGUAUGAGCAGACAGGAUUCAUCGCUUUCCCCGGAAACUCUGCGCUCCACGCCGUCAACAGUUAACACGAGUUGCGGAACAUUCUUCGACGAAUUCUCGUUUUAAAUUCUCAUUGCGUAGUGGUUUUGCACAGAGAAAUACAACAUCAUUAAAACAAAUUCGCUGGUGUAGAGUCCAGGUGGUCGUGUAAGUACACGGCCUUUCCAUGAACAAAUGAAACACGACAAGCAGAUUCACAGUUUAAGAGAAUUCUGAACGCUGAUAGCGGAUUGCAUUGUUCUUAAAGAUGGAGUUUCAUUUAUUGUAAAAAUUAUGAGACGGCGUACACAAAAACUGCACAUAAAACAUUAGGAAACACUGCAUCGCAGAACUAAAAUAUGAAUAAUAUGAUAAAUCUGUAAAAAAAAAUACACAUAGCAUAAGUACAUUACAUUUAUACGCACACUUGGCAAACGUUACAUUCUGUGCCACUGAACUGCAGCUCCGAGCCCUUAAAUCCAGUUGAUCUGUUUUGAGACUAUCGGUAUAUUUUGAGUGGAUCUAAUCCAGAUUCACAUUUACUUUCUUAAUGUGCUAUUUUUACUUGUGUGAAUUAUUUCUGUGAAUUGCACUUUAACCCGAAUCUGUACCCCCCCAUCCUGUUGCAUCGCCUCUGGUGUCCUAGAUUUGAUGUUUUUCUGUUUCUUUUUUCAUAAAUGGAAAAAGCUAAACAAAAUAAAAUAAUGAAUUCUAAAGUUUUUGAAGUAUUGUGUACCAUGUCAUCUGUGGUGAAUGAAUAUAUAAAUACGUAUUCAUGUUUGAUUGCAUUUUAUAUUCAAUUAAAACAAAAUGAUCUUCUGUCGCAUAUCGAUUUGAACACUGUGCUUCUGAAUUCUGGAAAAUGUUAAAAAUUAAACUUCUUUCAUUGUGAUA